CGUUUACCCUGCUGCGAUGGAGCGGCCAGAAUGACGUACAUCUGCGUCAUGACGUUGUUGAACUAAGUGCGGAAGUGGUGGUUGUUGUGGACAUCCGUGGAGAGUGAUCGGUAACGAAAGAUAAAUGGCGAGCGAUCUGUCCCUCUGUUUUUGUUGUAGUGUUCAGCGCACCAUGAGGUGUGUCAGAUGAGCUCGUGAGGCCAGCAGAGACGCCGGGAAAUCAGAGCGACGCGGUCCUGCUAACUUCCAGCUAGCACAGCUAGCAGCGAGCACCGGAAGGUAACGCUGCACAGUGACAAGCAGGAACUUCAGCAGCCAUGGCAGAGGCCGGAGCCCAUCUGACCGCCACCGCUGCGAACGAGCAGCCGUCAAUCUUUGAGGUCCUGGCCCAGGAGUCUCUGAUGGAGGCGGUCAGGCCGGCGCUGAGACACGCCAUCAAGUGCUGGUGGCCUUCUCAGGUUCUCGCGGAGUCCAACCCGUCUCGUUUUGGCUUCCUGUGGCGACGCUUUGAUGAGCUCUAUCUGCUGCUGGACCUCCUCCUCCAGAACCACUUCCUGUCUCACUGCAGCGCCUCCUUCUCUGAGAACUUCUACGGUCUGAAGAGAGUUUCGGGAGGUGAAGGGCUUCCCGCUCGUCUGGGGCUGCACAGGAAGUCACACUGGCGCUCUCUACUUCUUCUGUGCCUGGUGCCGUACCUGCGGGCCAAGCUGGAGGCGACUCUGGCGCGGCAGAGGGACGAGGAGGACUUCUCCAUCCGGCUGGCGCAGACCAGGAGCCAGAGGCUGUACCGGGCGGCCGUGGCAGCGUACCCGUACGUCAGCUCGGCCUGGCAGGCCUGGGUCUUCAGCCAGCAGCUGCUCUUUGUCUUUGGAGUCGCCAGGACCCAUAAUCCCCUGCUGUGGCUGGCCAGGGUCAGACUGGCACGACUUAACGCUCAGGAUAUCAGAGACAUGGAGCUGAAGACCAACAGAACUGGCAGCCCAGCUGAGGGGAGCCUGGCGCGGAGAGCGUGGUGGUUGAUGUCACAAGCAGCGAGGGGCGUGGCCGUGUCCCUUUCCACCUCCCUCUCCAUGGGCGUCUUUUUCCUGCAGUUCCUGGAGUGGUGGUACUCCUCAGACAACCAGAGCACCGUGAAAACCCUCACCUCCCUGCCCGCUCCCCCUCCCCCCCUCCACCUGCAGCAGGAUCCUCCACCCGUCGCAGCCAAUCGCGGCGAAGAAACUCCGCAGGCCUCCGCCAGAAGGACCUGCCCGCUGUGCCGGAGGCUCCGCGCGAACGCCACGGUGCUCUCCACCUCCGGCUUCGUUUUCUGUUACCGCUGCAUCUACACGUACGUGAAAGCCAACCGCCGCUGCCCAGUCACGGGCUACCCCACCGAACUGCAACACCUCAUCAAGAUCUACUCGCCAGAGAGCUAGACCACAUCAGAUGACAACGUAUUCAAGUUCAGUUCCAGAGGGUGUGGACAAAACAGGGGCCUUGUUUUUCAAAAGUAAAGCGGUCAGUAGUAGACGAUGGGUCGGCUGCUUUCCCUCUGCAGCCGAGCGCUGAGUGCUCAGGAGCUGCAGCUCUCUGUGUUGGAGUACUGUGUAUUGUUUUUGGGAUAAGCACACGGUUUUCCUUUUUGAAAUGUAGUUUUUCCCAAUGUACUCAAGUGUUCAAUUCAUUGUUCAGUGACACCAGCUGAUUUGGAAGUGACGCUGGAAUUCUCUUUCAGCUCGCAUCUCAUUAAUGUUUAUAAAUUUGUUGUUAAAUUGUUUCA